AUAAGUGGUCUGAGGUGUCAACAGUACAAAAUAAUAAAUUAAUCCAGAUAGGUAGUACAAUCUAAUAUUGAGUGUAUUGGUUAUGAUGUCGGUGUUGAAAUUUUUAGUUACAUAUAAAUUCAAGUAAAUAUGUUCAAAAAUACAUUUCAAAGUGGAUUUUUGUCCAUUUUGUACAGUAUAGGCAGUAAACCAUUACAAAUAUGGGAUAAAAAGGUUCGAAAUGGACAUAUAAAACGAAUUACAGACAAUGAUAUUCAGUCAUUAGUAUUAGAAAUUGUUGGUACAAAUGUAAGUACAACGUUUAUAACAUGCCCAGCAGAUCCAAAGAAAACCUUAGGAAUCAAAUUACCAUUUCUUGUUAUGAUUAUCAAGAAUCUCAAGAAGUAUUUUACGUUUGAAGUUCAGGUUCUUGAUGACAAAAACGUGCGCCGCCGAUUCCGCGCCAGCAACUACCAGUCGACGACGCGAGUCAAACCGUUCAUCUGCACAAUGCCAAUGCGACUGGACGACGGCUGGAACCAGAUCCAGUUCAAUCUGGCCGACUUCACGAAACGCGCCUACGGCACCAACUACAUUGAGACGUUGCGCGUCCAAAUACACGCCAACUGUCGCAUUCGUCGCGUCUACUUCUCGGAUCGGUUGUACUCUGAGGACGAGCUGCCCGCCGAGUUCAAACUCUUCCUGCCCAUACAAAACAAGGUGAAGCAGUGAGCAGUGUGCGACUUAAAAGGAAAGUGUGAAGUGUCAACGAGUUGCAAAGAGUGAUGAUAGAAAGUAAGAUAGUUGAAGAGAGUAAGACGUAAGUGAAGUUAAAGGGUAAAGUCGGCUAUUGUGUGGUAUAGAACAGAUGAAACGCGUGAAUGUAAUAGUUGAAAGUGCAUAUUUGAGUUCCAAAAUUGUAAUGGUUGUGAUUGUGAUUGCUGAACAGUCAUUUAAGUGAAUACCAUUGGCUUUUCUGGGAGUUUUUAUAUAUUGACAGACUGCUAAUAAAAGUUUAAACGCUUUCUACUGUUUUCUACCUUGCAGAGCAGGAAUCUUUUGUAUAGUAUGGUGUGUGACUAGGAGGGAAGAUUUGAUUGAAAUAAUAUGAAAAUUGAAGCUGAUUACAAUAUGAAAGUUAAAGAAAAGAAAUUUGUAAGUGAAUGUAUGAGUUGAAAAGAAGAAAUAGUUUUGGGUGAAUAUUAGGUCACAAAGAAAGUUGCUUGAAAACGCGAAAUAUUUGUUAAAAGUGCGACAUAAUUGCUGAAUAACGCUGGUGCCUUUGACUUUCUAACAUGGAAUUUGGAAGAAUGAUAACUUAACCAAUAAAAAGUAAAUUUUUCUAUACUACAUGACCACUUAUUUUUGUGAUUAAUUAAAAUCAGCAUUUUAUUUAUCGAAAGUGAGGUCCAGUCAAUAAACAAAUUGGAAAAUGUGAAACACAAUGUUGAUUUACAGAGUGUUAAUUUCGAUUAGCAAACAAUGACUACACACUUAAAAAUUGUCAGAGUAUUAGGGAAGAAAAACAUUAUUAUAAAGGUGCUACUCCUUAAGCGGCUGGAUCACAUAACCUAUAAAUUCAAUAGAUAUGAAUUGUAAAAGCAAUAAAGUUUUCAUCUCCUGCCAUUAUGUUCAUACAACUUGAAAAUCUAAUGAAUUGGUAGAUUAUUUGCUCCAGCCGCGACGACACUAGCCAUGCAGCUAGAGUUGUCGCUAAGGAAUUGCACCUUGAGACAUGGUACAUGUAGGUUUAAAUGUUCAAUUCUUUAGAGUCGUUCUAGCAACUCUGCUGAGUAGCGCAGCUAUAAGCAGGCUUGGAUCAGCUCUUGACGCAGCCAAGCCUGCUUAUAGCUGCGAGCUUCCUGCUUAUUGCUGCGCUACUCAGCAGUACUGCUAGAACGCCUCUACGGAAUUGCACCUUUAGAUCAAUGGUAUUUUUACCAGAAUUAGAUAUUUAGACAAUACGUUGUCAGGACCAUUCUACUCACUUUAAUUUGUACAUAACUGAGUUUCGAUGCAUCGACUAAAUCAAUUUUUAAAUAAACGUAGAAUAUUCAUGUGUAUCGAAAUUAUGAAGCAUGAUUUUUGUAUAAAUUAAACUAUUUAAAACAAGA